AGUUAAUAUGGUACAACUUGAUGUCAGGAAUACAACCUCUUAGUGAAAGUUUGGCCACGGUUUAAAAACUGUGCGUAAAUUAUUAUGUUUUUUUAAAAUUGCCAUUUAUGUUCUAAAUAUUGUAAAGUCCGUGAUCUGAUUUGUGCUAAAAGUUAAAAAAAAAUUAUUUGAGAAAUAUAUCUGCUCUGUGAAACUUUCAAAAUAAGAGAUAUUGAAAAUUCUUUGGUUUGUUUUAUCAGUUGAAUAAAGCUCAGCAUAAAAUGUAUCAUAUUAUGUUCAGUGUUUAAACCAAUCUUUUUACUUUAUUUACAUACCAUAUUAGACAAUGCUUCACACCUAUUUUUGCAAAAAAUCCCAAACUCAUGGCAUUGUUUCCAGAUUAUUUCCAUUUGUAUUUUAUCAUUACAUACCAGAACAGAUGAGUUCAAACAAAUGAGUUUUGUGUUAAAUUCACCCCUUUCUUCAGGUGCAGUGAUGUCCAAUCAGACGUCUUCUGGUGACCCCAAUUGUGACUGGUUAUUCUCUAACAGGUACAUUGUCCCGACUCUGUACUUCCUGAUCCUACCCAUAGGUCUGGUGCUGAACGGUGUAGCGGCCUGGGUGUCUCUGCACCUCCCCUCCAACAACACCUUUGUGGUGUUCCUGAAAAAUCUCGUCGCUGCUGACCUUAUCAUGACCUUGCUCAUCCCCAUCAGAGCAGCCAAUGAUCUGCCAGGAGCCUCCAAUACAAUAAUAAUCAUUUCCUGUAAAUUUUUCAGUCCACUGUUCUACAGCGUGCAAUACACGUCCAUCACGCUGCUGGGCCUCAUCGGCGUGGACCGAUUCUUUAAGAUCAUGUGUCCACACAACAAGCUAGGUCAGAACUUGACCUUCAGCAAAGUUCUCUCUGGUUCCAUCUGGGUGGUUCUGUUUGGAAGCAUGGCUUUACCCAAUAUCAUUCUCAGUAACAAACCAGUGGUCAACAGGACUGACACGGUCAAUUGUAUGGUUCUGAAGGAACCAGUGGGACUGGACUUCCAUCAGGGGAGUAUUAUUUUUGUCAUGGCUCUGUUCUGGCUGGUCAGUGUGGUCAUUACCAUCUGCUACAUUUGCAUUACCAGAAAGGUCAUCCAGUCUUUUAAGAACUCAGCCAGCAGCAACACCAGGGGUCAGCAAAGGAUCAAGCUGCGAGUUUUUCUGGUGCUGAUCGUGUUUUUGGUUUCAUUUGUUCCGUACCACAUCGUCAGGAUCCCUUACACCAUCAUGCAGGUCAACCGUUCCUCCCAGAUUUACUGUUUUUAUCUGAAGAUAAAGUUUGCCAAAGACCUCACGCUGUGGCUGGCCAACACCAACAUCUGCCUGGACCCACUGCUCUACGUCUUCCUGUGUCGAGAGUUCAAGGAGAAACUGCUCUCCAUGAUGGAGAAGGUCUUCCACUGCAUCAGAGUGGCUUCACCUGGAAAGGUAGAACCUUCUCCUCCACACGGUGGUCUCCAAGACAAUGGUCAGAUAAAGGUCAUGGCCAUAAACCAUGAUGAUGAUGAUGCCUCAGCCAACUGAUAAAACAUGAAAAAAAAAAAUCUGUAUGGGACAACGUCCAAUUAGCGCUGAUGUUGUCUUUUAAUCUAAAGGAACAGAUGAGGGUAAGAACCAAUCAGCGCUAUGUUUGUUGGUUAGAAGGUGGGCCAUCUAAACAGAGAGCCAAUCAGAGUGAACAUUUGUGGCGUAGUAGAAUAAACAGAAGACAGUAUGAAGACAGGAGCAGGAAUAGCCUGUAGUCUGACUAAAACACAUGGUUGGACAGAUGUCCGGAAACACUUUUUAUCUUAAUAUGUUAGUUGACUAAAUUGGGACAAAGAUUAAGGCUAAAUAAAAUUGGCUAAAAAUCACAGUCAUAUUUUAUUGGGACAGAUGUCGAAUGUGUGCAUCAGAGGAGUUAGGGCACGGCAGAUGAUGUUGACUAAGUCAGUGGCUCUUCUGUCACUCCCAGGAGCUGGCCCUGCUGGGUUUCCAUAUCCCAGAUUUGUGAUGUGGGGGGCACAGGUGAGAGCAGCCUUCAACAGUUCCAAGAGCACUGAGGUUCUCUCUGAGGUGAUGGAACUGAUUGACACAAAUUGAACAACCACAACUUCAAUAAAUUCAUACAUAAACAAUUUCAAAUUCUGUAAACUCAGCAUGCUUUGUGUGAGUCUCACUUCCUCUUCAUCAGUGCAUGUGGGUCAUGUGGCCGUGGACUGGUGACCCUGCUGUACAGUAGAGUCUGAUGGAGGUCACAUUCAAACUCUGUGAGUGUGAGCCAUCACACUGCACCCUUCAAGGACUUUUACCUUCACUCUGCCAUGAAAUGACAGUUUAAUGGUUACAUUACUUUUUUUCCGUCUAUUAAGUCAUGUUCUGAUCCAGGUUUAGUCAUGUUUGAUUUUGUUUUGCUGUUUUGUAUCUUUUUGCUGAGCUUGAAGCCAUACAGAGGGAAUAAAUGGUAAAUGGUAAUCGAUAAUUACACAGAAGAGCUCAUGUGAUCAUGUGUGGUUAACUUGAAAUUGCCUCAGUGUUGACUUUCAUUAUAUUUUUAUUUUUGUUUUUUCACCAUUACUGGGGAUUUGGAAUCAAUGUGUGUUGUGUGAAUUUGGUCCAAACUAUUAAAACUGACGUUACAGACAACAAAUACUGUGUGUUUUUUUAGUCGUUGAGUCGUUUUCAUGGACCAGCAGUACAUGAUCAUCUGUUUGUCUCUGCUGUUAUCUUGCGUGGUGUGCAAAAGACAGGAUGAUAAAAGUCAUGUUGGGUGGAAUGUCAAUGUUUUGCGUCACCACAGCUGGGCCAAAGGUUGUCCUGUGUUUUUGUCAGGAAAUGCAGUGGUUUAUGCAGUAAGUAGGUCACCCAUGUCAGUCAGUGCAGUCAGCCCCCCCAAUCAUAGCCAAUCAUAUUUUAGCCUCAUGUGUUGCCAGGUUGAAAAAAAAUCUGCCCUGAGGCCUUCA